CAGAGGGAGGAGGAGGGGUUAAACAGCUCUCUGUACGGCAACACGAAAAAAUGGUAACUUGGCCGCCACGGAUAGAAAAGGGAAGGCUGAAAUAGUGCCCAGUGCGGCUUUAAGUGAACCUUUCCAAGAACAAUUAUACACGUUACUGCUCGCGUCGACACACACUCACACGUUACCGCUGGGUGGAGGGCUAACACGUCGCCUCGAGUAGGGGGGUUUGUACCCUGGUUGUUGGGGAGAAAAAGGUAAACCUGUUGCUGCUCCGCACAGAGCUCCUCCAACUCUCAAGAUGUUGCAUUGUGGAUGGGAUGGCGUUGGGGCUCGUCGGUCUGCCCGCUCCUGAGCCUGUUCGGAGUACGAGCCGCUCUUCCUCCAGCUCGUUUCUGACCUACCCUGCCCCGGGAAGAUGCAUGUGUCCCUGGCCGAGGCCCUGGAGGUCCGCGGGGGCCCGCUCCAGGAGGACGAGGUCUGGGCAGUGCUCAGCCAGAGCGCAGAGAGCCUCCACGAGCUCUUCCACAAAGACCCCUCAGCCAUGGGCUUCAUCAUCUCCCCCUGGUCCCUGCUGCUCAUGCCCUCGGGGAACAUCUCCUUCACCGAUGAGAACGUCACCCAGCAGGACCUGAGGGCCUUCACGGCCCCCGAGGUCCUUGAGGGGAUCCCCUUGGCCUCCGUCUCGGACAUAGAGAAGAUGCACAUGUACUCACUGGGGAUGACCCUGUUCUGGGGAGCGGACUACCAGAUCCCCCACAGCCAGCCCAUGAAGCUGGGCGAGCACCUCAACAGCCUGCUCCUCAACAUGUGUGACGACAUCACGCUCAGCCGCAUGUCGGUGCGCACCGUGCUGGACAUCUGCAGCAAGCACAUCCGCAACUCGUCCUGCGAGCCGCCCUUCGCCUACGUCAGGAAGCUGGUCCGCCUGGUGCUCGGCAGCCUCUCCCAGCUGGACGGCCUGCUGACGGACAGAGAGUCUCUGCCGGAGCGCAGCAAGGAGAUCCGGGAGAGGCUGCGGGGGAAAGGUCUGCCCUCCGGGCGGGGUGCCGCCUCCAGGGUCCUGGAGCGCUACCGCGUGCGCACCCAGGAGCAGGCCUCUCUGAACCGGGGCAUGAGCCGCUCCAUGAGCUCCCUCCCCCUCCUGGACCCGCAGAGCCAGGACGAGACCUACCCCCUGCAGUACUCCCCGUCGGACUACCCCCCCCACCCCCAGGACCCCCUGCACCUCCUCCACCACCCCCACCACCACCAGCACCACCACCAGGGCUCCGAGUCCACCUCGGACCUCUACUCCACGGGCCAGCCGCUCCGGGGCCAGCGCUCCCAGCCCCACCUGCACGCCUUCCAGCCCCAGCUGCGCCCGCGGCCCGUGGAGCUGGACCAGCGCUCGCUGCAGUACUCCGGGCUGCCCCGCAAGACGUGGGCGUCGUCCGUGGAUCUGGCGUGCAUCGACCCCGACGCCCUGCGCUUCGGGGCGCUGGAGGACGCGCGCCGCGGCAGCAGCGCCCUCAGCACCCAGUCGGUGGGCCGGCGGCGGGCGUCCGCGGCCCGGCCGGCGCCCGCCGACGCAGAGGCCCGCUACUCGGAGUUUGGCGGCGGCCUCGGCCUGGGCGGCGGUGGCGGCGGCGGCGGAGGGCUGAAGGGCAGGAAGCCCCAGCACCACCGCUCGGCCCAGUCGGUGGCUCUGACGGGGGCCUACGACCGGAUCAAGGAGAAGCAGAGGAAGCUGCAGGUGCUGAGGCAGGCCAUAGAUGACCCGCUCCACACCCACCAGCGUUACCACAGCGACUACAGCUCGUCCAGCGAGAGCCCCUCCGUCACCUCCUCCGACCCCGAGUACAGACAAGUUAAGAAACCGGAGGAGGGUGUGAGGCGGUACGGGUCCCAGGCGGCCCUCGCCGACCACGACGCUCUGUCCCUGGCCAGCCACAAUGCAUACAGGCACAGGCUGUACGAUGGGCCGGCGUCAGACGAGGGUCUGGCGGGGGCGGAGCUUCUCCUGCGCAGCCAGGAGGAGGAGGUGCAGCGGCUGCAGGCCCACCUGGCCGUCAGGCUGUCCCGGGCCAACCUCUACAUGCCUGACGAGAUGUCGCCGGCGUCCCGCGCCUCGGUGGCGGACCUCCAGGGGGACCCCUUCAGCACGCCCACGCACGGCCAGCGCAAGGCCAAGUCUUUCUACGGCCCUGAGUUCGUGAAGAUGACGAGCGAGCCUUGUGUCUCCUUGACGGUGCCCUCGUCCAUCAUGAAGAGAGGCAAGGGCGAGGAGGUCCAGAGGAAGGUGGGGGUGGCGCUGCUGAACGGGCAGCGCUUGGAGCUGGGCUGCGACCUCAAGGCCGUGUGUAAAGACGUGCUGGACAUGGUGGUGGCGCACGUGGGGCUGGUGGAGCACCACCUGUUUGGCCUGGCCUACCUCAAAGAUAACGAGUUCUUCUUCGUGGAUCCUGAUGCCAAACUGACCAAGGUGGCCCCAGAGGGCUGGAAGGAGGAACCCAAGAAGAAGAAGUCUGACGUCCCCUUCAACCUGUUCCUACGCAUCAAGUUCUUCGUGGACGACGUCAGCUUCAUACAGCAUGUGAUGACGAAACACCAGUACUACCUUCAGCUGCGGAAGGACAUCCUGGAGGAGAGGCUGCGCUGCGACACGGAGAACGCCAUGCUGCUGGCCUCUCUGGCCCUGCAGGCAGAGUUCAGCGACUACCAGCCCGAGCUGCAUGGGAAGACGUACUUCAGGCUGGAGCACUACCUGUCCGUGUCGGUGCUGGAUAAGCUGGAGCAGGCGGCCGUCAAGGAGAAGCUGCCCAGGCUCCACAGCAACUACUACGGGGUACCCGAGGGCCAGGCCGAGCUGGAGUUCCUCAAGGUGAGCCAGCGGCUGACGGAAUACGGGGUGCACUUCCACCGCGUGCUCCCGGAGAAGCGCUCCCAGACGGGCAUCAUGCUGGGCGUCUACUCCAAGGGGGCGCUCAUCUUCGAGGUGCUCAACGCCAACCGCACCCCCGUGCUGAGGUUUCCCUGGCGGGACACCAAGAAGAUCUCCUUCACGAAGAAGAAGAUCUGCCUCCAGAACAUGUCUGACGGCAUCAAGCACCUGUUCCAGACGGACAGCAACAAGACGUGCCAGUACCUGCUGCAGCUGUGCUCAGACCAGCACAAGUUCCACCUGCAGAUGAAGGCCCGGCAGAACAACCAGGAGCAACAGGAACUCGAGAACAGCCCCAUGGCCAGCAUGCAGUACUCCCUGGACCCCCAGGGGGAGCCCCUGAGCCGGGCGGGCGGCCCCGGCAGCCUGACCCCCAGCUCCACACGCUCGGACCCCGAGCUCUUCAAGAGGAUCUCGUACUCGGAGGCGGCGCUCCACAAGGCGCUCUCGGGCCAGCUCACCCCCCAGGACGAGCCCCCGCUCUUCCCGGGCUUCGUCCCGGCCUCCUCCUCCUCCUCUUCCUCCUCGGCCAUGCACACCAACCCCCGCCUGAUGAGCCGCUCCCACCACAACCUGGGCCAGGUGCCCGAGUCCCCGGAGCACCGUGCCGCCGCCGCCGCCCUGGGGCUGGCUGCCGGUGGUGGGGGGGGGGUGUUGGGCUCCCAUGGAGGCCUGGGCCCAGCGCUGUACCAGCAGAAGCAGCCCUACCAGCAGCACCAGCGCACCAGCUCCCACACAGACUCCCUGUCCUUCUCCGGGACGCACCCGCAGGACAAAGGGUUUGGCCCCGCCCCCACCAGCAGCAGCCCUCUCUGGAACGCCGGGCGGUUCCAGAAGGAACCGGACUCGGCAGACGACGCCGCGGGCCAGGCCUACGUUGUAGAACCCCUCAAGAAAAAGCUCAAUGCCCUGCCAUCGCCCGAGAGAGAGAUCAAAACCGUCAACCUGAAGAAAGACGUUAAAUACGGCCUGGGCUUCCAGAUCACGGGGGGAGAGGACUCUGGUCGGAUGGACCUGGGGACCAUCGUCAGCGCCAUCACCCCAGGAGGCCCGGCGGACCUCAACAGCUGCCUCAAACCCGGCGACCGGCUGCUCUCGGUGAACAACGUGAGCCUGGAGGGCCUCCCGCACGCCGCCGCCGUGGAGGUCCUGCAGAGCGCCCCUGAUGACAUCACGCUGGUGGUGUCCCAGCCCAAGGAGAGCCUCUACCAAGGAACACCCUUGGCCUAUGGUGCAUACCAGGCCGCGCCAUCGGUCAAAGUUCCUUCCUCCCUCCAGAGGCAGACACUUGACCUCGACUCUUCCUCGGAGGAACUCGCGGGCGCAGAAAGCCCCCGGGCCCAUCCCCGCUCCCACGCCGCUGCCCCCCACGCGCCCACCCCUCCUCCGUCCUCCGCCUCCCCUCUCCGCCACAACACCAGCUGGAGCUCCCAGGACUCCAGGGCCAGCAGCAGCAACGCCAGCCACUUCCCCGCGAAGCCCACCACCACGCCCAACGGAAUCCUCCAGAAGCUGGUGAAGCUGGAGGCGGAGGGGAGCGUCGCCCUCGACCCAUCGAGUCCCAACCAGCAGGGCACAGCAGAAGCCGGGCCCGUGGUCCCGGAGGCACUGCCGCCCGCCCUCCCGCCGAAAACCAGGAAGGCCAAAGUCCCGGAGGCGCCCAAGGUGACGGAAACCUCGGACUGGGGGGACUCGGACAUGGACGAGGACACCUGCUCUAGUGGUCCCGAGAAACGGGGGCUGGGAAAGGACGCGUACGGCAGUGCAGAGCACUUAAGUGGUAAAGGCCCAGGGGUCAGUAGUCUCCUCCCGGGAGAUCUAUUUGACGUUGAGCUGUCCAAACAGGACAGCGGCCUGGGCAUAAGUGUCACGGUACUGUUCGGCAAGGGCGGGGUCAACACGACUGUCCGUCACGGGGGAAUCUAUAUUAAAGCCAUCAUACCGAAUGGAGCCGCGGAGAUGGAUGGCAGAAUACAGAAAGGUGACCGCGUGGUGGCGGUGAACGGUAGAAGCUUGGAGGGGGCCACGCACGCCGAGGCAGUAGAGGCCCUCAGAGACACCAAGAAGAGCGUGCACUUGCUGCUGGAGAAGGGCCAGCCGCCGACGGACAGCGUGCACGCCCCUCUCACGCCACGCUGCACGCCCCCCAAAGUCCGCGACCGCGCCCCGCCCAAGACCGCCCCGCCCAAGACCGCCCCGCCCAAGACCCCCCCGCCCAAGACCCCCCCGCCGUACGGCUUCGUCACCGACGACAACGUGUUCGACGUGUGCCUGCUGAAGAACACCUCGGGCCUGGGCUUCAGCUUCAGCCGCGAGGACCGCGUCCCGGGCGAGACCCCCGGCGCCUCCAGCAUGGUCCGGGUCAAGAAGCUGUUCCCCGGGCAACCGGCGGCGGAGAGCGGCCGGGUCAACGUGGGCGACGUCAUCCUGCGCGUCAACAAGACCUCCCUCAAGGGGCUCUCCCAGCAUGAGGUGAUCUCUGCUCUGCGGGGGGCCGGCCAGGAGGUGGUGUUACACCUCUGCAGGCCUGAACCUGGCCUUCUCCCGGACAUGGACGCCUCCAUCUUGACCCCCAAACCCUCCCCCCGCAAGGAGCUGUCAGUCCCCAGGCCCCAGCCCAGCCCCAGACUGGCCCGGACGUCCUCCCCCAGCCAGGGGGAGCCCUCGGGGGGGCUGGGCCCCGUGCAGGAGGCCCUGGAGCGGCUCCUGCAGCACAAGAACCCCGGGCGGCGCAACAGCUACAGCGACAGCACGGAGGAGGGCGGGGACGAGGAGGAGGAGGAGGCCUUCAGCCCCGAGCGCAGCCGGCUGGAGGGCUGGGACAACAGCAUCUACAAGACCCCCAGCGGUACCCUGGGGGGGGGCAGGGGCCGCUUCGAGGGCCCCGGGCCCCUGGAUGACAGCACCCACUCGGCCUUCUACUCCCCGAACCUGUCCAUGGAGCGGUCCAGUCUGUCCAGCCGCAGGGUUCACUCCCCUCUGUCCGCUGAGCUGGAGUCUCCCACCCAGCCCAUGAUGUCCUCCCCCACGUCCCCCAGCCCCGACCCCCUGCCUCCCCCGCUCCCCUUACCCCUCAACCUCACCAUACCCGGGAACGGACAGGACAUGGACGACCUGGUCCCGGAGGUGGAGCUGAAGGUGUCCCUGGUGAAGUCGGAGAAGGGCAGCCUGGGCUUCACCCUGACCAAGGGCAACGACCAGGGCUGCUACAUCCACGACAUCAUCCAGGACCCGGCCAGAGGGGACGGACGGCUGCGAUCUGGAGACCGCAUGAUCACCGUGAACAACACGGACGUGUCCAGCAUGGGCCACACGGAGGUGGUGAACCUGGUGCGGGCCGCCCCGGCCGUGGUGGACCUGACGGUGGGCCGCGUCCUGGAGGCCCCCAAGGGCCCCGUCGAGGCCCACCUGCUCCCCGACAUCUGCUUCAGCGGCGACACGGAGACACUCGGCCUGGUGCUGGACGGGGGCUGCGACAGCCCGUACGGCGUGCUGUUCGUCAAGGAGCUGCUGCCGGGCUCCCUGGCCGCGUCGGAGGGCAGCCUGCGGCCCCUGGACCUGGUGCACUACAUCAACGGGGCCCCCGUGCAGGAGCUGACGCUGAGCGAGAGCCGCCGACUGAUGGAGCUGAAGCCCAGCGAGCUCACGCUGAAGGCCACCAGGGAUGGGAAGGCGGUUACUCCUGGGCUUCAGAAAAGCGUUUCGUUUCUCAACAACAACGUGAGCGCCAACGUCUCAAACAGCAUGAAUGGUUUUCUGCAAGGGAGUGACCAUAGCGAAGAAGACUGCCUGUCAACACUUUGUCCGAUAGAGGAGGAGAUCACCAGGCUGCAGUUGGACAAGCCGCCAGAAGGGGGCCUGGGCUUCUCCGUGAUUGGAGGGGAGAGGGGCAUCUUCGUUAAGUCCGUGACCCCGGGGGGCUUGGCCGACGCCUCGACCAAGCUCCGGGUGGGAGACCGCCUGCUACGGGUGAACGAGGAGCUGAUGACGGGCGUGUCCCACACCAAGGCGGUGACCACCAUCCGCCGGGCCAAGGGCCUGGUGCAGCUGGUAGUGAGCCGGCCCCCGGACCACCACCCCAGCCCCUACCUCAGCUACCUGCCCAUCACCUCGGACAAGUGCAACGGCAACGCAGAUGUGAGUGAAGACAGUGGAGUCAAGACCAAGAUGGGUACCCCGCGGGACGGCCUUCCUUCCAUACCCCCAAUAGACUACGACCAGGGCGGCGCCGGGGGCCGGAGGGGCAGCGAGCAGACCACCGAGCUGUCGGAGGACACGGACUGCGACGGCUCCUCUCUACCUGAGGACUCACCUGAGGGCUCCCGGAAAGUGGACUGGAAAGAGGAGAGUGUGGAUGACCUGAUGAACGAGAACUACCUGCAGAUGAGCGCGGGGCAGCCCGAGGAAGACGCCAUCACGUGGGGCAGUGACGAGCUUCCCAUGGAAGACAUGAGCAGGCCGGACGACGGGCCCAUCAUCAGCGAGGACCAGCUGACCUCGCUGCCCCUGGUCAAGGUGGUCCCAGACGGUCAGUACACGGGGACCCAUCUCAACGCCGUGGUCCGCAUGAUGAGGGGGCUGCUGGAGCAGAAGGUCCCCCUGCAGGAGUUUGAGAAUCUCCAGAACCUUCAGCCGCUGGACGACUGUUUGAUAGGUCAAACCAAGGAGAACAAGAAGAAGAAUCGCUACAAGAACAUUGUUCCAUUCGAUUCGACGCGAGUGACCCUGGGCCAGGAUGGCGGCUACAUCAACGCCAACUUCAUCACCAUGGCGGUGAAGGACGAGAGCUACCCGUUCAUCGCCUGCCAGGGCCCCCUGCCCACCACGCUGGGGGACUUCUGGCAGAUGGUGUGGGAGCAGAAGGCCAACGUCAUCGCCAUGAUGACCCAGGAGGUGGAGGGCGGCAAGGUCAAGUGCCAGCGCUACUGGCCCGACACGCCCGGCACCUCGGAGAUGGUGGACGAGAGGCUACAGGUCACGCUGGUGAAGGACCAGUACCUGGAGAACUUUGUCAUCCGCUUCAUCGAGGUCAAGGACAUGCAGACCAACGAGAUCCAGCGGGUCACCCACCUGAACUACACGGGCUGGCCCGACCACGGCACGCCCUCGCAGCCCUCCCACCUGCUCACCUUCAUCUCCUACAUGAGGCACAUCCACCAGUCGGGCCCCGUCAUCACGCACUGCAGCGCGGGCAUCGGCCGCUCGGGGACCCUGAUCUGCAUCGACGUGGUGCUGGGGCUCAUCAGCAAGGACACCGACUUUGACAUUUCAGACGUUGUGAGGAACAUGAGGCUUCAACGACAGGGAAUGGUCCAAACCGAGGAACAAUAUAUUUUCUGCUAUCAGGUGAUUUUAUACGUGCUCAGAUGUCUUCAAGCUGAGGAGAAGCUCUCAGGAUAGCAUGGAGACCUUCUACCUGCCACACCUUGUACAGAACAUUCUUUCGCCCCCCCUACCCCGUUUCCUGCGAGAAAGCAAAGACACAAAUACGGGGGACGGUUGACAUAGGCAGAUAUGGCCAAAACUACAGUGGAACAUUUUUAAUGCAUUCGUUUAGGUUAGCGUAAAUCCCAGAGUCAAAUCUAUAUUUGUAUGUCUUCUUACCCGGCUGCUACUUCCUCCUCGAUGCAUUCAUGAGAACGGAUGAUUGUAUGUUUUUAUCUUUUUAUUGUCACCCUUAAGAGAACAGCAAUGUUUUCUUACCGGAAUACUUGGAUAUUAUGAAAUAGUUAUGAAAGCGAUGAAUGAAUACAUAUUUUAUGUGGAACAAAAUUAUACUUUUGUGCAUUUUUAAUCUUAUUUGAUGCUGGAAUUUGCCUUGACAGAAUACUACGACAGUAUUUGCUUUGUAAAUCUUAUUAUACAGUAAUUGCCGACUGCCUGCGGUGAUGAUAUUAAAUGUGUACAUAUUCAUCUCAUGAAAAUUAAACUGUGGAUAGGUUUUGAAUGUAAUUUUAUAAAGGGUUGAUAAUU